UCUCUGUCUAACGCGCAAUUAUGAGCUGUAAAAAUCUUUAGUACAAUGGAAUUUGCUUUGUAAACACCACUUCAACAUGAAUCAGGCGUUGAUAUCUGACAUGUAACUGUGCUAGCGUAUGUGUGCAGUCAUUAUAAUAAUAUUUGCUAUCGAAAUUUGCUAUUAUGGUCAAGCAAUAAUUCCACUCGGUUCCGAUACCAUUGGAAGCGGCGGCACUCGCUCGGCGUUCCUAUUGAAAGGUGCUAAGUAGCAGUGCAACAAGUUGCUGGCGGCAUGUGGAACGGCAAAGGCUUUCCGCUAACACGGCAAGAAAAAAAGGAAUGGGAAUGAAACAAGGGAUGAAACGAUGGAUGUGGGUAAUACAGCUUUACAAAGAAUGGAAGUGCUUCGGUUCUGCGCAUUCGCAAACAUCCGCUCAGAUUUGAAAUCACUGUGCAGCGGUAGUACAGCUAUGUAGUACAGCGCGCAUACAAUACCACCACACUCACUACAGUCAGCUUGAGUUAAAUAUUUGCAUGGACUGUCAGUGAUAACAGCAUGUGCGAAGUUACGGCAGAGUUAGGAUUCUCUGAUUGCUUUGAUACAGUCAUCGCAUAAACAAUUCCGCGCUUUAACCAGUUGUUGCAGUGUUACCAAUAAAAGCUGUCGUACUACGUUCAAAAAUUAUUGAUACACGUCUCCCUCUUCCUUGAUAUUACGUUCACAUUGUAUCUGGUAUACCAAACCAUUUGAAGAAUUCGGCAGACAUGAAUUUUGCUUAGCAUUAAUCGUGAAAGUUCACAAUGUGCCAAACACUUUUAACAGACUUUUUUAUGGCGUAUAUGUCCCCAUUAGGGCGUGGCCGUUUUGCGCGGCUGCAUGUCAGAUUCUCUGCGUUUAUCUGCGCAGCACUAGUAAUCGUGGACCUUUUUCUGGACAUCUGCGACAUCAUUUUGAAUUACAUUACAAACCCACUGUCUCUGUCCUUUGACGAGAAAAAUUUAUUGCUGGCGGUAUACUUGUUCCCAGUCGGAUUUGCCAUUAUGCGAGUGCUCAAAGGCAAAGCGUCAAAGAUAUCUCUGCUCAAAUACGCUUACCCAGCAAAUCUUUGUCUUUCGUGCGUGAAUGUACAACAGGCUGUGAGAAAAGAAUCGAGAAGGAAAAAAUUUAGAAAAAGCGAACAAUCCCAAGAUAAGUACAUGCAAGCGAUACAGGCAACACAAGAAGCUAACCGCAAGCUGCACGAAGUUUUGAAGGUGGAGAUAUUCGGCGAAGCCAUGCCGCAGCUAUUUCUACGUCUAUACUUCGCUAUACGGUGCGCAUUUCGGGUUGGCGUUCUGCCAGAUGGGAUGACUUGGAUUAGGGUGGCGUUCUCUUCAUUUAGCAUCUGCGGGGAGUUAUAUAAUUUACAAACGUUAAGAGACCAAUGCUACUGUAUGAAAAGGCUCCGUGAAGUAGACGUUCCGGACAGCAGCCGUGAUGCGCCAGGUGAUCAACAGAAGGCUCUUCUUGCUGGUGAUCUGCGACCAUAUCGUCAUAAUUUGCUAAGCUAUAUCGUAAUUGUGGCUUUAUCUGUACCCUACUGUCUCGUGCAAACCACAGUCUGGGCACUGGUUUUAAACAGUUCAUCAACAUUGUUUUAUUCAUGCCUGGUACUCCACGGUGGAAUAUUUUGGGCAUUGAAGUUUUAUUUUUCUUUGCCUGGAGAGAUCCCAUGGAGCGAGCAUCCGAUGCCGGUACCGGCAUCAUUGCGCUACAUUUUCAGUCCUUAUUCCCCAGAUUUUCAUGUGGAAGUUGCGAAGGAAAACUCUUCCGUGGCUUGGCAGCACAUCAUUUUUUUGCUCUUCGGCAGUAGUAUCCUCCGCCAUGCUGUUUUUGGGACUUAUCAUACAUGCCCUCUCCGCGCAGUCGUUUCCGCCAGGAACGUGGAUCACUGAUGUUCGUUUCAUUACUGGCAUUUCAGUAGUAACGUUCGUGGUCUUGUGGGUAAUAAGCGUAUUAUAUGUGAAAGCGGAAUCGACAUUUCGUCCACCAGAAACCACUCCACGCGUAACCCCCGUUGAAUCUAACGACACGAAUGUCAUGCCGCAAAGGAAAGAAAAUUCUUCCUUUGAAGUAGAGUUACCGAGUCCGAGCAGCUCUGUAAAUACUUUACCAGAUGAACCUUCUACCAGCGAUGGAGGCGCGCAGCCAGCGGACGUUGAACAGGGCAUCGAUACUAACAGCAGUGCCGAUUUUAAGCAGGCAUCGAGCGAUUCGAGACCGAACAAAGUGCCAACACUCGAACUGACCGAAGGACACUAUUCUGGCAAUGAUGAAAGCGAAGACGAUUCGGCUACGGAUCAACAGGAGACCUUAAAACCAGAACACGGUGGAGGUCCAGCCGCAGUCGCUCCAGUCCCAUAUGAACACAGCAUUCAAGGUCUUGUAGAAAGCCUUCGUCGGCGAAAUCGCGGUAGCAAUAAAGAGUUCUCGUCUUAAUAGAGAUAAAACGCUCGCACUGGCGACAGUCUCGAACAUGGUUUCGUUACACUGGGAAGUUCUUUGUUGGUUAACUAGCAGAAUUAGAUUAUUUGGUGAGUUUCCUUUAAUUCACGGAAUAAGCAUCUUGUCAUUGGCUCGGGAUUAGGAUCCAAAAUGCAUUAUCCAGUAAUUGUAUUACAAUACCAUCGCCGAUUAUCUCGCGGGCAAGUCAUAACUUAAAGCGCGAGAGGUAUUCUCGGGGGUAAACAUGAACAUCAAAAUAGUGGGUGGUACUCGUACUCGUACACAAUGUAACUCACGCUUCCCCAGUGACCACGCGAUGUUGUAGCGUGGACAUCACUUAAUUUAUGCCGCUGCGUUGCU